AUGAAAAUUAUCAAGAACUUUUACCUAUAUUGCUACUAUGUUGCUGGAACAGUUGCUCUGAUGACUGUUCCUGUCAUGGGUAUCUCUCCGGAAUCAUCAUCACAUGCAUCAAGCAUCUAUAAUUCUGCUCUCAGUCUUGGCAUCGGAAAUCAGCUCACGAAUAUCCUUAGAGAUGUAGGAGAAGAUGCAUUAAGAGGUAGAGUUUAUCUUCCUCAAGAUGAGCUAGCCCAAUAUGGGCUAUGUGAUGACGAUGUUUACUCAAGAAGAGUGACUGAUAACUGGAGAGAAUUCAUGAAAGGGCAAAUUAAUCGGGCUAGGUUUUACUUCAACCAAGCCGAAGAAGGAGCUUCCAAGCUUGACAAAGAUAGCCGAUGGCCGGUGUGGUCAUCGUUGUUGUUGUAUCGAACUAUCUUGGAUGCUAUUGAGGAGAAUGAUUAUGAUAACUUGACAAAAAGAGCUUAUGUCGGUAGGACUAAGAAACUUCUCAUGUUACCUUUAUCGUACACAAGAUCUGUAUCAAUGUCCGGCUUCGCCUUCCAUUAG